AUGCCGUCGGCGACAAUAAACGAAUGGUCGAUAUCGAUUGUCACGGGAGGAGUACCUCUUGAACUCCCCUAUUCACAAGUUUCGGCUUCAAUCUUCUCACAGGAUGGAAGGUACUUGAUAACAACAUUGUCACGUCAAAUCAGAGUUUAUUUCGUAUCCACAAGACAGUGCAUAAGGACUAUAGAUGUGGAUCUCAGAGACCUAGUCGACGUUAAACUAGACGUUACCAAUCCUAAUCAAGUCAUUCUUUUCAAAAGUUUUGGUGAGAUUGUUAUUGUGAACUAUAAGGAUAAAUUACCCAACCCCGUGGUCACAGUUACUAGUAUUCAACAACAGUUGGAAAGCCAGAGCGUUUUAUCUGUAGUUUGUGUUAGACACAACAAGUACAUUGCAGUUACCGGGAAGAAAGAAAAGAAGAAAAAUCAAAGUUGGCAUACUAGGCAUUUAAUCUCCAUUGAUCGCACAGCAGACUCAGUAAGUACUAUUGGUGAGAUUCACAAUGUGUUGCAAUAUGCGGUAUCCUUGGAUACGACAAAGAUUGCGUUUGCCAUUUGUGACCAAACAAUAUUGUUGUUGGAUCUUGCAACUUAUUAUAGCAACUGUAGUAGUGAUGAACUGCCGGAAUCAACUUCACCAUCCCCCACCUGGGGAGGAAAAAAAGUCGAGGAACUAAUAGUAAAAGAGGUUAUACCAUAUCAAUACAGGUCACCCAUCACCUCCAUAGCGGUUUCCAAUGACUCUGUUAUUGCCUUGGGAACAAAUUCAGGUGUAAUUCAGAUCUUGUAUGGUGACCUCAUGAGAACAAACAACAACAACAACACUGAAAAGCGGCAACAACGUCUUUUCAAAUGGCAUCUUGACCAAGUGAAUGCAUUACAGUUUUCAAGUGACAACAAUUAUUUGCUCUCUGGAGGUAUCGAAAAAGUACUAAUUUUUUGGCAAUUGGAAACCGAAAAGAAACAAUUUUUACCAAGGUUGAAUGGAACUAUUGAGAAACUAUCCAUCGAUAUCUAUAAAAAUGACUACAUUACACUUUUAUUAAAAACUGAUGUUGCUAAUUUCGAAGUCUUAGUCUUAUCCUUAGUUGAUUUGGUUUCAAGGUUAUCAGUCAAUACAAUUAGACCUAAAUUUGCCAAUAAUUUAAAGACAACUUUAUCAAGAACUAAGAAGAAGUUGAAAAAGGAUGUCAAUUAUCAGAACGAUUUCAACAAACUCAAAUUGAAAUAUGAUUAUACUUGUGCUUUUGAAAUACAUACCAAAACAAAAAACUUGUACUUCCCCAACGAAUCGUCUAUACAAGCGUUUGAUAUAGUGAGAAAUGAGCAGAAUUUUGUUCAAAACGUAGCUUCGGUAAUUUCAACUGGUAAAGUACGCGGAGAGAGCAAGAUUAGUGAUCCGCAGAUUUCGCUUUUAAAAUUUUCCAAUGAUGGGGAAUGGAUGUGUACAUAUGACGAAGUGACAAGUUCAGAAGUUGACUCGUUGAUAUCGACAAAGGAUAAACAAUAUGCUUUGAAAUUUUGGAAAUUUAACGAAAACAAAGAAAAGGACAAGGACAAGGAUAAGGAUAAGGAUAGCAGAAAUGGAGUUUGGGAGCUAACCACAAAAAUUAUUGACCCUCACGGGAAAGGAACGGCAGUUUUGAGUUUGAUUCCUGCACCAUCUUCAUAUUUCAACGGUGUGGCGUUCUUAACUGCAGACAACAAAGGAAGUGUGCGAGUAUGGAGACCAACAUUUCCCAAAGAAGCAUAUAAAGUCAUCACCUCCACAACCAACUUCACACAAAAUCAGAACAAAAACAAGUCCCAACAAAUUGCAUGGACGUUGCGUAAACAAAAACCUGCAACGUCCAACACUACAUUUGAUGCAGUUUCUUUAGCUUGGUCAGAUGAUGGCUCUAUAAUAUUUUUAGGUCAUGAAUACUCGAUCACCUGUAUCGAUGUCAAAACCUUUGAACCAAUACCCGAUUUUAAUAUCCCUAUAUUGACCGAGUCCAAAAUAAGAUCAAUACAUUUCCUCAGCAAUUACCUCGUUGUAUUAUCAAAAACCAGAUUCUUUGUUUACGACCUUAUUUCGGCACGAUUGACCGAUUUGGUGACAAAAGUGCACAGUACAAGCGGUGGUAGAAAUUUGAUCACCAUUGAUUCAAGAAGAAACUUGAUUGCUUUGGCUAUUAAUUAUUAUACAAACUACGAUGGACAAAAUGUUGAAGAUUUAACAGUGGCUUCUAAAUUGUACAUCUUCAAACCAAACCAAUUAAAACCGGUUUUUGUAAAAGAACAUACACUGGGUAUUGCUGCAUUGAGAUGUGAUUCAAAAUCUUUCUUAUUUAUUGAUUUGGAAUGUCGCGUUGGUGCAAUACUGUCGACAUUAUUAGAGGAUAUAGAAGGUACUGCUGAAACUCAAGAUUCUGGAGUUGGAUCAUUAUCAGAGGAGAUCAAACAAAUGUUGAUUACUGCUCAAGGCAAUGUUGAUUUGAUGAAUCAUAGAGUUGAUGUUCAAGCUCAGCAACAGCAACAAAAUGGAUCUGGACAAGAUCGCGAUGAGUUCGAAUCUGCAAUGAGUACAAGUGAGAAAGUUGUUGAUUUACAUACCUUCCAAUCGGUUUUCCAAAACCUCGAUGGAUUGCAAAUAGAAACAAUAUUUGAUCGUAUCACAGAUAUUCUUAAAUAG